GGAAGUAUUGUCCAGUGUCAAUGUUUAUUUAGAGGACUAACCACGCUCCGCUCGUUACAGUAUAGAGACUAUAAGUUUGUAAAUAACAAAAAUAAAUACAAACAAUUUGAAGUGACGUAUAAAAGCCGCGCAUUCCUAUCCUUUGGUUAUAGUGGGACGAGAACGAAUAGGACUUAUUACUUAAUGUGAAACAAAAUGACAUUAUCAACAUUAUAUAUAUUGCAUGUAGUGGUGAAGGAACAGUCGCAUUGAACUGGGUUCACUGCAUCCGAUUACCGGUUGAAUUGCGUCUACUGUUUCUCUAUCAGUGACUGCGUCACUCGCGCGCCGGAACACUUACAAACAUGUUGUGGGCAAUACACUUUAUAACAACUUUAACUAUACAACUAGUCGUAUACCUGUGCCUGGUGUUUGUCGCACUAGUGGUCGUUCUGAAGGUGUGUUUGGAGCCGGUGAAGGGAGUAUGCAAGUGUACGAGCAAGCUGCACGGCAGGGUGGCGCUGGUGACGGGCGGCAACUCGGGGCUCGGGCUGGAGACGGCGCGCGAGCUUACGCGGCGCGGGGCUCGCGUCAUCAUCGCCUCCAGGGACGCCAACAAGUCGCAACAAGCUAUCGCAGACAUCGUCUCCACCACCUCCAACACACAAGUUGAAUACCGACAACUAGACCUCUCCAAGUUCAGCAAUAUCAAGCAAUUCGCCGAAGAAUUCAACAAACAAGAACCUCGCUUGGACAUAUUAGUAAACAACUCGGGUUGCGCAGGAUUGGAACCACACAUAACAGAGGACGGGAUCGACAUUGUCACGCAAAUCAACUACUUCGGCGCGUUCUUACUGACGAACUUGCUGCUCGAGAAGCUGAUAGCGUCGAAACCAAGUCGUAUAGUGAUAGUGUCGUCGGUGGGCCACCGCUUCUGCACGUUUGACCCUGAAGACCUGGCUGGGAUCAAGGCCAAUACUGGGUCACUGCUUAAUUCGUGGACGGUUUACGCAAGAAGUAAAUUGCUGCAGGUGUUGUGGACGAGGGCAUUGGCGAAGAGGUUGCCGCUGGGAGUGACAGUGAAUGCGGCGCACCCGGGGAUCGUCAAGACGGAUAUAUUUAACAGGCUUCCAGCGUUCGUUAAGGAUUUGAUUAAAGGGACUAUAGGCCUGGUGUUCAAGACGCCGCUGGAGGGUGCGCAGACGAUGGUGCACCUGUGCGUGGCUCCAGAGCUGGCAGACGCGUCGGGCGGGUACUACGCCGACUGCAAGCCGGCCACCACCGCCAGGAUCGUCAAAGAUGAUAAGGUGGUCGAAAGAGUGUGGAAUGAGAGUCUCAUGUUGACGAAGAAUAAGUUAUAAAACCAGUGCCAGUUUUUUAUAUUAAAUGUAACAUACUCACGUAAUUAAUUAAAGUGAACAUACAAGGAAAAA